AUGCAAAGAGAUAUUUCUGAGCUUGACUUUUCAAAUGACGUGGAUAUACUAUAUGCUUACAAAAAUAUCAAGAAAAAUUCAAGACUGCUGAAAGAAAUUGCUCAGGUCAAGAUUUCCAGCUUUGAAUUUGGAAUUGUGUGCUUGGACACGAUUGAAUCUGCCAUUUUGGAAGAACUUGGAGAGUCCUUUGUUGACAAUGAAAUGAUAGAAUUGAUACAACAGUAUAUAAUCAGUGAUAAGAGCUUGAAGGAUAAGAACACAAGAGACGACGAUCAACCGAGUACUGAUUCAGAUCAAAACGCUGUAAAAACAUGCAACAGCGAUAAUUUAAAAGAGAAAAAUCACAACAAUGACAAUAAAUGUCAUAAAAAUGAUAGUAUGGCUGAACCAGACAUUGCAAAUAAAAGCUUUGUAAGCGUAUUGGAUGAGUCUAAGCAAAACGAAGACAGUAACGUCAAUAACGACAAAACAGAUGGCAAAAAGGCUUUGGAUGAUCCUUUGUUUCAUUGUAAACUUCUCAACAUUCUUUUGAGACCCCUGGUAAAUGUCUGCAAUAAGCAAAUAGUUGAUCUUGUUUACUAUGUGUAUAGAAAGACCGGCAUUUCCCAUUUCGACUUUCUUUUCAAUGCAUUUACAUUAGAUACACAAAAGAUUGAACUUCAUUUGCUUGUUGCAAAGGGGAUAAAGGCCAGAUCUUUUGACUUUACUGAUUUUAAGGAAUAUUUGAAAGCAGACAGUGAUCAACAAUGCGAGGCUCGAAGUAACGAGUUCAGUCUUUCCGAAGGAUCAGAUCCUAUCAUUCCCCUGCCAUUUCUGGAGCCAGAUACGGCUAAGAAUACCUCAGUUAGUUUUACCUCAAAUGAAGACGAGUCGUCAGAUGAUAGCCUCACCUCAAUAACUGCCCUUCUCUCCAGGCCAUUCAAAGAAAAAGUACUCGUAGAUCAAUCUGUGCAUCUCUCUAAGGCCAAGGAUCUUCUUCUCUCUGCCAAAUAUUCUGAUGCUAAUUUUCUAGUUGACAAUCUUUCAAAUUUCCUGUACAUAAAAUUUGAUAGGGAGAUUUUCGAGAAAUUUUUAUCAUAUUCCAAUCAUUAUUCGUUUUGUAUUCAUUUAAAUAAACUGCAAAAUGUCCCUUUUUUCUUUUAUGAACAGGUAGAUAUUAGAAAAGUACUGUCAAUCAUACCAAAAAUGCCCCACGACUCUUACAAUUACCGCAAGAGAGAUGUCUCGCCAUAUAUGCUAAAGGUUAACAGCUCUUUGCUGAAGAGCUAUCUUGAUUUUUCUCACCAUACUUUCAACAGCCUUGAAUCUUUAGAUAUAGACUAUAUUCUAGUUGCCAAGGGUCUUAAAUACUUUGUCGGCACUUACAGAUCCUGUUCUCUAUUUAAGAUCUUCUUUGAACUUCUCAGCUGCAAGAUCACGAAUGUUUCAAAUGAAAUUAAGAGUAUUCUUUUGCCCGAUCUUAGUCUCUACUUGGACGUAUUUUAUGGCAAGGCAAAGGAGAGCAACCAGCACGAAAGCAGCACAGACAAGAGUACUGAAAUAGAACAAGCGUUUCCAAACCUCAACGACCCUGUUGACAUUUUAGUUAGUUCAUACUUGAAUCCUGGAUUUUACGCGGAAAUUGAUAGACAUAUUUCCCAGUCUUUGUUAGAUGCAUUUGAAAAGAAAUCGGACAUCGAUCAGAAUGACGUUGAUGAUUUCAUUGAAGCACUCUUGUUUGAGAUUUCCCUUGAUUCUGCGUAUAAAAUUUGCAUUUUAGAGUCAAUAGAAAAGAUAUGUGAAAAAAUCAAUAACGGCAGCACUGCUAAUAUUUCUGAGUCGUUUGAUAGAAUUUUACAAAAUUUAAAGAUAUUCCCAAAGCUAAACUGGAGAUAUAAAAAAGCGUUUAUUUUAAAGGCAGACGUUCUAGAAAAGUUUGGAAUCAAACGGGAAUGGAUAAAAGAAGAAUUUAAAAAUGAUAGAGUGUUUUAUAUUAAAAAUAUGACGAAGAGUCUAUAA